AUGAUGAAAAGAAUCAUACUUGGACAGUGAUCAGAACUCCAUGGACGUAGUAGCUCUGCCUUCCAUGAUCGUCUCCUCGGGCUUUUUGCCAACUGGGUCUUUGCUAGAAUCUUUGAUUCAUAUAUCCAGCGAAGUUGGUUCAAUGGAAGAACUUCCAAUUCUACAAGUUAGGAAUAUCUCAACAAUGAUAAGAAGGAUCAAACUUCUCUCUUCUUUGUUUGAGGAGAUUCAAGAAACCAAUCGUCCCCUACCUCCAUCUUCGAUCCUCUGUCUCACUGAACUUUUCUCAGUUAUUCGAAGAGCGAAGUUUCUCAUUCAAUGCUGCAAAGAUGGCAGCUCUUUCUGGGGACUCCUGCAGACAGAGUUUAUCUCUAACCAGUUUCAUGUCCUGGUCAAAGAGAUGGGAAGUGCACUCGAUAUCUUGCCUCUUAGUCUGCUCAACAUUUCAGCAGACGUUAGAGAGCAAGUUGAGUUACUUCACAGGCAAUCAAAUAGAGUAGAGAUGUUUAUUGACCUUAGAGAUCUACAAAGAAGAGAGGAGCUUCUACAAUUGAUGGCCAGCAAUAGCGAGAAGAACACUCGUAGAAAAGGGUCACUGGAUUUCGGUAAAGUAGAAGAGAUUUUCAACGGCAUUGGUCUCAAAACACCACAAGAUUAUGAGGACGAGAUUUUAAAACUAGAGGCCGAAGUCAAAAAACAAGCCGGUACCGGUGGACUAAUCGUGGUGUCCAAUCUUAACAACCUGAUAUCUUUUGUUUCAUAUUGCAAGUCCAUGAUUUUCAGGGAUCAAGAACCUGAGAAAACAAAACAAGACCUUAAGAAGAAGCUGUUGUGUUCACCCUCGGCCAAGAGCUAUAAUCGCUCUUCAACAUCUCAAUCUGUCAAUAUCCCAGAUGAGUUUCGCUGCCCCAUUUCACUGGACUUGAUUAAAGACCCGGUGAUCGUGGCCUCAGGGCACACUUACGAUCGAAACUCGAUUGCUCAGUGGAUCGAUUCAGGGCACCACACAUGCCCCAAGAGCGGACAAAGGCUUAUUCACAUGGCCCUCAUACCCAACUACGCACUCAAGUCUCUGAUGGAACAAUGGAGCCAAGAAAACGACGUAGAAUUAGACGAGACACAAGUGUCGUUUCUCUCAUGUUUAGAGAGAAACGACAGCAAAAGAGGGCAUGUCGUGGAGAAAGCCGCCGUUGAUCAUAUAUCCGCCGUUAAAGCUGCCGCGGAUGCCAUCAAAAUGACGGCGGAAUUCCUAGUCGGGAAACUAGCUACAGGAUCGCACGACAUCCAACGGCAGGCGGCUUACGAGCUCCGUUUGCUGGCGAAAACCAGCAUGGACAAUCGGAGAAUCAUCACAGAGGCUGGAGCUAUUCCAUUCCUCGUGAUGCUUUUGAGCUCUCAUGACCCCAGAAUUCAGGAAAACGCAGUCACCGCUUUGCUAAACCUUUCGAUCUUCAACAACAACAAGAUUCUGAUAAUGGCUGCCGGAGCAAUCGACAACGUCAUCGACGUAUUGGAAUCGGGGAAGACCAUGGAAGCGAGGGAGAACGCGGCGGCGGCGAUCUUCAGCUUGUCAAUGAUCGACGACUGCAAGGUGGAGAUAGGAGCUCGACCGAGGGCGAUUCCGGCGCUGGUCGGGCUCCUGAAAGACGGAAGUCCCACAGGUAAAAAGGACGCCGCCACGGCAAUCACCAACCUCGCCGUUUACAAUGCCAAUAAAUUAGGCAUAGUGGCGGCCGGAGCGAUCCCUUUGCUCAUCGACCUGUUAAUGGAUGACAAAGCCGCCAUAACCGACGACGCCUUGGCUGUUCUGGCGUCGCUUUUGGGCUGUUCAGAAGGACUAGAAGAAAUAAGGAAGAGCAAAAUCCUUCUCCCGAUUCUGAUCGAUCUUCUGCGGUUUGGGUCUCCGAAAGGGAAGGAGAACUCGAUAACACUGCUAUUGGGACUCUGUAAAGAUGGUGGAGAAGAGGUCGCCAAGCGUCUUCUGAUAAACCCUGGAAGCAUUCCAUGUCUUCGUAGCUUGGCCACUGAUGGGUCCUUGAAAGCAAGAAGAACAGCCGAUGCUCUGCUUAGAUUACUCAAUAGGAGUUGCUUUCAAUCUCACAAUCAAAGUCGGAUUGUGACACUAUGAUGAUGAACCAAGAGAGACUUGUAUAUUUGUGGACAAAACAAAACUAUACGAUACUUUUUUUUUCGUUCUUUUCUUUUUGUUAGAUUGAUUU